AUGAGCUUAAUGUCUCUUUGUGGGAAAAUUGAGAACCACUUGACUGAGCUCUUGAAUAAGGUUGCUCAAUCCAAAUCAUUAAAGAAUAAUUUGUACACGAACUGGGAUUGGAAGAUUAAGUUGGCUCUUCCAAAUCUUCUCAUUCCACCGCUUUUUGUCUUGGGAACCCCGGUGGAUCAAAUCAAUCCAAGAAUGGGGGUGAAAUGGGAUGCACCAGAGUCUGGGUGGAGCAAGGUAAACUUCGAUGGUGCUUCUACAGGAAAUCUGGGUCAAAGUGGUAUUGGUUGUAUUUUGAGGGAUUCUGAUGGUAUCUGUAUAAAAGAAAUCUCUGAAAAGAUUGGAGUUGCUACUAACAAUGAAGCUGAAUUUAGAGCGGCUUUAAGAGGUCUUCAGUUAGGGAAGGAGCUUGGGGUGCAGAGAAUCCAUCUAGAGGGAGACUCAUUAAAUGUGGUUAAUGUGAUCCGUUGUAAUAAAAUCCCUAGUUGGCGCCUUAACAAGUGGCUUCAACCGAUUAUGGUGCUAUUAGCCACCUUUGAUGAGUUUUGGGUUAGCCACAUCUAUAGGGAAGGUAAUGGAGAGGCUGACAGACUCUCUAAAUUGGCAGUAGUCGUUGGUGACCCCCCCUGA